CGUAGAAGUUCAGCAAAAUCACAUCCACAAAGUACGGAAUGCAAUGGUUUGCUAUCAAUUGCGAUCGUGGCUUCAUGUCGUAGUCGGGCUUCUUCUCUUGGGCCAGAUAUCCUUCAUCCAAUGCUCCAGUCAACCCCCGCGUCGGGGAGGCCGACUAGGAUCCCCCGGAUGUCCCCGGCAGCCACACCAUGUCGACCCAGGCCCCCCUCCGCAGCCGAUAGGUAUUGAGUUUGGCCCCGAACAUGUCGUCGCAGCAUAUGCUCAUUCCCCCACCAAUAUCACUAUCCUCGCCAUGAUCAACGGCCGUAAUUCAAGUCACGCGGCUUAUUUUGAGAACAUGAUGCUGCUCCGUCUGGCAAACGAUAAAAGAGUUAUAGCCAUGGCCAAAAUCAGCAGGGAGAAUUUUCCUGUCCCAACUGGGAAAGAAAUAGUACUAGCCGUUAAGAAUUUGUUGUGGCAUUAUUUGCGCAACAAAUUGCCUGCCAUUCCCUUCUUUGGCGGCCCAAAGCAUGGUGAGUCGGAUGAUGGAUUCGACGAUGAAUUAUACUAUGAAUCAGACCAUGAAUCAGCAUCAUGGAUUUGGAUGCCAUGGAUUUGGAUGCGCUCUAUCCUCAGCGGGGUUGGGGAUGACAUAGAAGAUGCACUUAUCUUCGCCCUCGACAAAUUCAUGGAGGUUGCCGGACUUAUCACGCUCAAUGAAGUUCUUCGGCGUAAAGCCAAAUCGCUAACGGACAACGCCAUCAGAGAAAGCUUCACCCCCGUCAUCCAAGAGCUCCUAGACAGCGCCCUGAAGAACCAUAACGUCACCAUCGACUUCGCCCUCCUCAGUCUCCCUGAAUACUUCCCCCAGAAACACGAAUACAUCCCAAUCAAUGCCUGCUUCUCUCUCGGGGUCAAGUCAGCCCAUGCUAUCAUCCCUAAACCCCUUGCCGCACUUGAAAGCGUGGCCACUAAGCCAGAGGCACGUAUCCUCCUCCUCGAUCAAGGCCACCACCACAUGAGUGUCCAGGUGGUUCACUACCGUCGCAGUGCCCCCACGCCGUUUGACGCAUUCCGGGGUGAGGCGUUGGAGAAGACUCUUUUCGCACGGGUGACGGCGAAGGGAGCACUGCACGAUCAGUUUAUGUUGAAAGAUAAGUUCAACAUCGUACGGGAUGGGUGGAAAGUUCAUAACGAAAUUGAGCGAGCGAGGAUCUUGAUUAAAGAUAAUAUCUUAGAUUGCGUUAGUAAGGAUAGGGCAGACGAGGAUUGUGAGGAGGAUCGCCACCACAAUGAGUGGCCGCUCGAUCUCAAAAAUUGGUGGACCAUCAUCGAAGAUUUCGGGCCCAGCUCCAUCCCAACAGUCGUUUUAGAAUGGGAGGAUGUGAAAGCCAGCGAGGACGAAUACGUAGAGAGAUUAAGCAACAGUCUCGAGAACUUCCUAAGGGCUUCACGAAAAGUCCGCCUGGACAAAGAGAAUGGUGGGUUGAGCGAUUUCGGACCGCCGCAAGAAGUCGACACUGUUGUCAUCGUGACAGACCAGCCCCAUGGAGCUCUGCUUAGACGCGCAGCUAAGCUCACUGUUGGAGAUGGAGUGCGGAUCUACGGGGGUAGGAUUACAGAUUUCUCCAUGGCUGCUGAAGGGGCGGCGAUUCUCGCACUCAAGCGAAGACGGCGUUGGGAUGAUUUGCAGGAGUACGAGGAGGGUUUGACAUUAGAUCCGCCGGUGUGCGACGUGCAUGUAUGAUAUACUUAAUGAAAUAGACUUUGCUACUACCCAAUACUUCUCGCCCUUAUAUGCGAGAGUAAUUUGUGGCUACUCGAGGGGAAGGCUGUAGACUGGCUCAUGAAGCGCCAACCGAUCUUCAAACAGGAUAUACAAUAGAUAGAAGAACUAGAACAAUAGAUGGGCCCA